CCGCCGUGAAAUCAAGAACGCCCACAUUCCCGAUUGCCUCGCCGGAGAUGGAGGUGAUAUACACCCUACUGGGAGUGUGCAUUUCAGUGGGUUUGUUGGCGUACGCAUGGGGAGUGUUGGAUUGGGUGUGGUUUAAGCCGAAGAAGCUGGAGAAGUGGCUUAAACAGCAAGGCCUCAAAGGGAACCCCUACAGAAUCCUCUCCGGCGACAUGAAAGAGCUCGCGAAGAUGACCACUGACGCCCUUUCCAAGCCCAUGACUCUGUCGGAUAACAUAGCCCCCAGAGUCAUUCCGUUUUAUGUUCAACAUGUCAACAAAUAUGGUAAAAGCUGUUAUGUAUGGAUGGGUCCAAGGCCUAAGGUGUUAAUCAGGGAUCCUGAACUAAUAAAGGAGGUUUUAAACAAAAAUUAUCAGUAUCAGAAGGCUAGGACCAACCCACUAGGCAGGAAGGUGGCAAGAGGAGUGGCCAACUAUGAGAAAGAUAAGUGGGCAAAACACAGAAGAAUAAUCAAUCCUGCCUUCUAUUCAGAGAAGCUAAAGGAGAAGCUUAUGUCAAGCACCUUGUGUUCAGCAGCUCUGUGGGGUGCUUCCCUUGAGGGAAAGUCACAGGGUCGAACUUCGGUGCUUAUGCAACCGGCAUUCUUGCUAAGCUGCUGUGAAAUGCUGAGCAAGUGGGAAGGGAUAGUCUCAGGAAAAGGAUCUUGUGAACGGGAUGUGUGGCCUGACCUGCAAGGCCUAACCUGUGAUGUGAUUUCUCGAACGGCGUUUGGGAGCAGCUAUGAAGAAGGAAAGAGGAUCUUUGAACUCCAGAAAGAACAGGGCAUGCACUUCAUAGAAGUUUCGCGUCAAGUUUAUGUACCUGGAUGGAGAUUUGUGCCAACUAAGAGGAACAGAAGAAUGAAUGCCAUUGAGAAGGAAGUGAAAUCAUCAAUCCGGGGUAUUAUAGACAAGAGAAUGAAGGCGAUGCAGGGUGGGGAGACGAACAAUGAUGAUUUAUUGGGCAUAUUACUGGAAUCCAACUUACAAGAAAUCAGACAGCAGGGGGGGAAGGAAUUCGGAAUGAGCAUCGAAGAUGUGAUCGAGGAGUGUAAGGUGUUCUACUUUGCAGGGCAGGAGACUACUUCGGUGAUGCUGGUGUGGACUAUGAUUCUCCUCAGCAGAUUCCAAGAUUGGCAAGCCCGAGCUAGAGAAGAGGUGUUGCAGGUUUUCGGGGAUCAGGAACCAGAUUUCGAAGGAUUGAAUAGCCUUAAAGUUUUGACAAUGAUUCUAUACGAGUCUUUAAGGCUCUACCCUCCAAUAACUGGCAUGGAUAGGCGGACCGUGGAGGAAACUAAACUAGGAGAAAUAGUUCUGCCACGAGGGGCACUGCUGAUGUUGCCUACACUCUUGAUGCACGUUGACAGUGAGAUAUGGGGUGAAGAUGCCAAAGAGUUCAAACCAGACAGGUUCAGGGAAGGUAUAAUGAAGGCAACAAAGGGUAAACAAGUAUUUUUCCCAUUUGGCGGGGGACCUCGAAUAUGCGUUGGUCAAAACUUUGCUUUGGUAGAAGCUAAAAUGGCUAUGGCUAUGAUUCUGCAACGCUUCUCGUUUGAGCUUUCUCCUUCUUACGCACACGCUCCAUAUUCAAUGGUGACCACUCAACCUCAGCAUGGUGCUCCUUUAAUUAUACACAAGCUUUAAUAUGUUUCUUCCCAGUUCCCAGAAAUUCCACUAAUAUGUAGUCUUGAAUCAAAUUUCUAUAUAUUUUGUACUAUGGAAAGUCUACUGCAGACUGAAUCUACCCUUCUCUAUAUAUAAACAAAUAAACAAUAUGCUUUGGACAGGCAA